CUCACUGUUCACAUGUUGGACCCAACUUACAUGUAGUCCUCAUGAAGCAUGCCCCUGAUCCAUUAAGCAGGUCAGUAUGGCGGCACAUUGUGAUAUCCAAUUGCCCAAACACUACCACUGCUGUCUGUAACAAGUGCCAAAGGGGCCUCUAAACAUUGCAUGUUUGAAGCUCAUGGCCUUGUCCCUUGCCAGCUUGCUUUGAUAGCUCCACUUAAGCUGCAUGCCUAUCUUCCGCCCACCUAUAAAUAUUCAGCUCUGAACCACAGGUUCCAUCCACAAGCAAAGCACUACCACUAGCUUAGCACUCGACACAAAACUCUGAGCUUUCUGCCAAGAAAGAAGGUGAUACAACCAUGGUCAGUGCCAAGAGACUUUCUCAAAUGGCAAGGAAGUGGCAAAGAGUGGCAGCCAUCGGGAGGAAGAGGCUCAUGUGGACUUCAGCAAAAGAAGUCGAUGAGUGCUGCACGUCUGUGGCAGUGAAGGGCCACUGCGCCAUGUACACUGCUGAUGGGAGGCGGUUUGAGGUGCCAUUGGCGUACCUCAGCACGACGAUCAUCGGGGAGCUCCUGAGGAUGUCUCAGGAGGAGUUUGGCUUCACAAGCGAUGGAAGGAUAACCCUGCCUUGUGAUGCAGCUGUGAUGGACUAUGUCAUGUGCUUGCUCAGAAGGAACGCAUCAGAAGAGGUAGAGAGAGCUUUCUUGAGCUCUGUGGUGAGACCUUGCCACUAUGGAAAUGGUUUGGAGCCAUCUAUUGGAGUUAGCCAGCAAGUAGCUGUUUCUGGCUUCUGAGGAUUCAGUGUUCGUUUUACCUUCUUUUGUCUCUCCAUCCUUUUGGAUGAUGUAAAUAGUUCUAUGUAGGAGAUAGGAAAUGAAAGAAUCAUAUGGCAAGUUGACCAUUUGACUCUUGUCUUGACUUCUGUCUGCUUAGUUCCUCAACUCUGUUUGUCUGGCGAAUUAAGAUAAGGCUCUAUUGCGUAAGGCAGCAAACUUCAGAC